CUGAAAGUCAGAAACAAACAGUUCAAGAUAGAAGUGGAACAUGGGGUAUGCGACUUUACCUGUUGUCUCUACCAAAAUCAGCCAAAGAGGUCUUUAAUAAAAUAUAUUUUGGCAUCUUUAUUCUAGCAAGUGGGAAAUGGUAAAGUGACACCCCCUAUGGAUGCACAGGUCCAAUGCAACAGCUCCUCUGACCCAGAAGGUUGUACGUAAGAGUCUGCUUUUUCAGUGCUUAUACUUUGCAUCAGAUGAAGAAGGAUCAGGUCCAUUUGCAGUCAUCAUUAUUCCAAGCUUGCUGGCUCUGAGCACACUGAUAGUUGUGUCUCAAAUAAUAUGGAGCUAUCUUACCAAAAGAUCACCAUCACAGACCACCUGUGAUCCUACAAAUAUAAAUGGGGAGCCUGUAACUUUAAAUACAGUAUGUCGCGGACCUGCUCAGGAUACACUGGGUCCAUGGGAAAUACCUACUCAGUGCGUCCUGGAGGGGGUUGAGGUCUUUCAAAUGGGACGAUAUGGACCAACCUGCAAAGGUCUGCUAAAAGAAGACAACACAUCCAUUGCUGUAGUGAUUAAAACUCUUAAAGACAGGUCAAAUCAACACGAGGCUAAAGAGUUUGUGGAUAUGGUCCUAUUUCAUGCAGCAAUAAGCAAACACGACAACAUAGUAAAAAUGUUAUACUGCCAGACACAACGGAUGCCCAUGUACCUGAUUUUGGAGGCGAGCAUUCCAGGAAACCUUUUGCAUUUCCUCUGGAGUCUGCGAGAGGGCAAAUCUGGGACAGGCGAUAACUUGCAAGCUUUUUCCGAGAGAUCUGUUUAUAUUGUAGCUAAACAGGUGGCAGCAGGUCUGGACUACCUACACAGCUAUCACAGAGUUAUUCAUGGGGAUGUUGCAGCCAGGAACAUGCUGAUUGGCUCAGGGCUCUCAAUAAAAGUCUCUGGUUUGAAUUUGGCUUUUAAGAGCCGGCAGGCAAAAAUGAUUGACGAGGAACUGCAAGCUAAGGUGCCAUUAAAAUGGCAAGCACCAGAGCGGAUGAAGAGCCUUCCUAUGACAGACAGAAGUGAUGUAUGGUCCUUUGGAAUUCUUCUUUAUGAGUUGAUAACCCUUGGCUCUCCUCCCUAUCCUGAUCUGGAACCGUCAGAAGUUCUCCCCCACACUUUUGCCCACUACAGAAUCAAAAGACCAGAGAACUGUGGGGCUCAAUUAUAUGACCUCAUUAAGUAUUGCUGCAUGUGGAACUUCAAGGACCGGCCUGUGUACUCUGCCAUUAUGAGACUUCUAGAUUGCUACGUCCACCUUACAGACACAAGAGCUCUUUGCUCUGGACAGCCGAUAGAUAUCUGUGAAUACAGAAGAAAAGCAGGGCUGGUCACAUGAACACGACUUUCAGAAACCAGCUGUGGUUUAUAUAGUGCAACUCAUUCAGAUCCAUAGGACUGACAUAUCACAUUCAGCUACUUUAUCAUUAGGCCAUGCAAUCAUGGUAAGUGAUACAGCGGCCUCUAGUGCUGAACUUAAUUAACAACAUUAGUUGUACGUAGGAUCUUGGUUUAGCAGUUUAGAGAUGAAUUUCUGUACAAGGUACCGUAAACUAACCGAAGACAACUUACUGUUACUAGGGACGCAACAAAAGAUGUUUAUUAUCCUAAAACCACCCAAUAGCAGCUAGGAAUAUCUGAACUCUUAAAAUUAAAGGGAUAGUUCACUUUAAAAUGAAAAUUCUGUCAUCAUUUACUAAUCCUCAUGUUAUUCUAAACGUGUAUGAAUUUCUUUAGAUAUUUUGAGAAAUGAUGGUAAACACACAGCAGCAUGACCAAUGACUUCCAUAGUAGGGAAAAAAUAUUUUGGAAGUCUUGUGAUAAAUGACUAAGAAAAUAUUUUGAUAAAUGAUGGUAAGCACACAGUUGACGGUACCCAUUAAAUUUCAUCAUAUUUUUUUAUUCCUACUAUUGAAGUCUAUGGUCACUUACUGCUAUGUGUUUACCAUCAUUUCUAAACAAUUUUUUGUGUUCAUCAGAAAAAAGAAAUUCAUACCAGUUUAGAACAACAUGAGGAUGAGUAAAUGAUGACUGACUUUUUAUUUUAAAGUGAACUAUCCCUUUAAACUUUCGAAAAGUAUCUUUGGCUUUAUGGUUCUAUAAAAACCUUUAUUAACAGUCAUUUUCUGAUGUGUAUUUUUAACAUAUGGAAUCCUUGAAGAGAACCCUUAAAUAACCUUUAACUUUAAGAUUUUCACGUGCAAUCUAAAUAUUAGACAGUAUCUAAAUGCAGAUGUAAAUAGUGAUGUAUAAGAUCCAAAGCGUGAACACUAAUACGUGUGACAUGAACAAGAAACAUCAAAGUACCGCGAGAAUAGGCUUGUUUGAGAUGAGCAAAUUCUGCGCAGAAUCGAUCACCGGUGAUCAGCGCAAGAUGCAUUCCGGUUAGAAAAGUGUCCGACUUACGUCCGACUUGCUCUGAUGUCACGCUGACGUGUACAAAAUAAAUCUCGCGAAGGAGAGGCGGGCUCGUCGGAUUCUACAGCCGAGCGCAGUUGCUCUCCACCGACUGCGUUGACGAAAAGCACGAUGGGAAAAGACUUGCUGACGACACAGCUUAAUGCUCAUUUGCCCGGGAAUGUCAGCUGAUGACUUUUUAAUUCUAAAAACUACACUUCCUGUAGUAGUUUUUAUAUUUAUUCAACUUGUUCUUGACUUAUGACAUUUAUAUUAUUAAUAAAUUCCUUUAAACUUU